GUGAUAUGUAACCAUGCUGGGGCGCACCGAAUGCAACAGGAACUUGCACUGCUCAGCCUCAGGAUAUCUGUUCACUUGUCGUAAUCUUAUUAAUCAACCAGGACGCGGCUACACUGGUAACCCGAAUUGAAGCACACAUGGCUUGAUGACAUCAUGUCCAGAUAUCACUCCCCUCCUUUCCAGAUACUCUUCUACCUCCUCUUCACCCUCUUCCCUCUCUCCCUUCUUUCUCCUCUUCUUUCUCAGUCUCCUCUCAGCUGGACCUCUCCUCAUGACCCCUGCUAUCACCUGGAUGGGCGUCCACGCCACUGCCUAUCUGAGUUCAUCAAUAUGGCCUAUGGGGUACCUGUGACGGUGGAACCCCUCCAGCAAGGACCCAAGACGAACAUCAGCACUUUAACAGAUCUUCAUAACCCUCACAAUCUCACGUGCUGGACGGCUGCCGAAGGCAUGGGGGGUGGGGACUUGACUUUAACAGUUCCCCUUGGCAGACGCUUUGAAAUCACUUACAUUAGUCUUCAGUUUUGUCAACAGGUGGAGUCGGUGGAAUCCUACUCCAUAUCCAUCUUGAAGUCAAUGGACUUUGGCAGGAGCUGGCGCCCCCUACAGUUUUAUUCAAGCGACUGCAUGGGCACAUUCGGCCGUCCUGUGCAGUCCAUCGCUCAGACAAAGCACCAGGAGACGGAGCCGCUAUGUUCAGAUCCCAGACCAUUGCAGAAGCAUCGUGGAAAUGUCGUGCUGGCCUUCUCAACUUUGGAUGGACGUCCUUCCUCGCCAGAUUUCGACUACAGUCCGGGGCUCCAAGAUUGGGUGACUGCAACAGACAUAAGGAUAGUAUUUCAUCAGUCAUUGGAUAAAAUUGAAAAGCAAGAAGAGAAACUCAACAAAGUGAGAGGCACAUUUGGAUGGAGGGAAAGAGGAGACAAAGCUCUGAGGGUUGGUGAGAAAAGCACUGGAGUUAAGACCUCUGAAAUUUGGAAAAACAGGCAAGAAAUACAGACUCCUACACAGAGAAUUAGAAACAAAAGCACUGUGCACCAAAGUGGCCACAACGUUACUCGAAAGGAGGUGGGACCUCAAGGUAGAGUGGGAAGGGGACGUAAGAAGGACAGUAACAAGCCAUGCCAGGACGGCACAUGUGAUUGGUCCCUAAAUAUUCCUCAGCAGGGCUCCAAAGGGCGAGAGUUGAGGAGAAGAAGAAACAACGCAGGGAGGGGAAAGUCCCAUUCUAAAUCGAGAAAAAAAAAUGCCCCACGCAACCUCGUUUCAUCAUCACGUUAUGCCCCAUUGAAACCCUCUCUCGCGCUUUCCGACCUGCAGGUCGGGGGAAGAUGCAAGUGCAAUGGCCACGCCUCUCGCUGUCGACGAGACAACCAGGGGCGUGCCGUGUGUCAGUGUGAGCAUCACACAUCUGGGCCGGACUGUGAUGUGUGUGAGCAGUUUUUUUACGACCGCCCGUGGCAACGGGCCACGCCCAGCCAGCCACACCCGUGCGUCCCAUGUGAAUGUAACGGUCACUCAACUAAGUGUAGGUUCAGUAUGGCCGUGUAUCAGCAGUCUGGUCGAGUCAGUGGAGGCAUUUGUUUGAAGUGUCGGCAUCACACAAUGGGACGCCACUGUCAGUUCUGCCAGAACGGAUAUACCCGAGACCACAGCAAACCGCUCAGCCACCGCAAGGCCUGCCAACCAUGCAAGUGCCACCCCGUGGGUGCAGUGGGCCGUUGGUGUAACCAGUCCACAGGACAGUGUUUGUGUAGAGAAGGAGUCACAGGACAGAGGUGUAACCGCUGUGCCCCGGGAUACAAGCAAGGUCAUUCCCCUCUCCAGCCAUGUAUUCGUAUUCAGGAGUUUGCACCACCCACCCCAGUUUACCAGCCUCAGUACAGCAUUGGUGAGAAAUGUCUUUCUUACUGUCCACCUUCCCAAGCAAGAGUCAAAAUGAAUUUAGAGAUGUACUGUCUCAAGGACUACGUGCUGAAGGUGCAGGUCAAAAGUAAGGAACGUUCUGGUCCCUGGUGGCAGUUUUCCAUAUUGGUGCAGUCAGUUUUUCGCAUGGGCUCUACACAUGUAAAGCGAGGCAUUCAGGCCCUCUGGAUUCCAGAUCGGGACCUGAGCUGCGGUUGUCCUGCGCUUCAGAUAGGCCGCACCUUCCUCCUGAUUGGAGGAGAGGAAAGCAGCCAGAGUUGGGUCCCCGAGGAGAGACGGUUAGUUGCCGACCGCACCACAAUGGCUUUGCAGUGGAGGGAACACUGGAGUCCCAAAUUAAGAGGCUUCCGUGGGCAAGACACUCGGGGAAAGUGCCCACAGGGAAACACCACUGCACAGAAGCACUCUCACCCAAACUCAUACGAAGAAUACAUACCCCCACAUCUUAACAAACUGCAGUCUGAGCCACACAGACCAAACAAACGUACACAUACGGUGCAUAAACAGCAUCAUUUAACCACACAAUCUGGAGGAUCAGACUUCACACACACACACAAAAGAGGAGGAACUCAGGGCACACAAAGAAAAGACACUCACCUUGAGGAGGACAGCGAGGAUGAAAACGUCACUCAGGAACCACAACAUGUGUUGCAGAACACUCAGGAUCCUUUCUCAGGUACUUCAAAGACGAGUCAGGCCAAUAAGCAUGAGCAGUACCACCCCACAGCAUGUCCAACAUGGUCACCUGGGCCAGCUGUCUAACAAAUUUAGAUAUUGUGAGCAGGAAUAGAAAAGAAAGUUAAAGGAAUUGUAAAAAAAAUAAAUAAAUAAAUGAACAAAUAUUCAUUUUUGUGAACUAUUCCUUUAAGAAAUGCCUGAGGUGGGCUUGAGCUUGACAGAGCCAAUCAUAACAACUGAAUAAUUUUGUGGGAGUAUUUUUGUAUGGUGUGCUAUAUAUAUAUAUAUUCAUCCCCAGAUUACAGAGCUAUUUGUAUUAUUAUUAUUAUAUAUAUAUAUAUAUAUAUUUGUUUUUCAGAUUAAACAUGCAGGCAUUUUUCAUGUCACAUUCUCUGAGAAAGAAAUUUUGCACUUUCCCUCUAGAAAGAGAUGAGUCUAAUCCAAACAUUAAAAGAUUUAAAAUCACCAUGUUUUCUCAAGAUAUAAUUUAAAUGUAAUCCUGCUCAGUCCGCAGUAUUUAGUCUGACAGUGAGAAAUGUGAGACUCUUAUUGCUGGAUUGUAAGAGGCACAUUGUUUUCAGAUCAGCAGCUGACAAUUUUGUCCAAUCUGGUCUCUAUCAUUGACAGACAUGUUAAGUGUGGCUAAAGAUUGUGUGCACACAGUAACUAAUUACAUUUUCUAUUGUUUUUGUACAUUUCUGUGGCUAUCACACACACACACACACACACACAUAUAUAUAAAUCACAUUGGCAGUGAAUUCAGAAUUCAGACUGUAUACAAGAUCUUUAAUAUGGUGCCUUUUUAACUCUCAUUGUGACUAUUUUAAGCUAGCUAUCAUAUAAUAUGUAAAUGUUAUCAUUAUUUGUGUAACUUUUUUUUCUGUUUAAAUGAACGCUCUACCUCAUAAUAAAUAUUGUUAA